GUAUAAAUACGAUGUUACUCUCACCAAGAUCAGAAUUCAUAGGCAUAUAUGAGAAAACUGUGUAUUGCUCGUGAGAAAGGUUAAACCCAGUGAGUUCGCGUAUAACUGUUUAAGUACUUUCGGUGAAAUCGUGUGGCUGAAGUUUUAUUUCGUCAUGGCAUUUCGAAUUGUACUCGCUUGCUUAAUCGUGGCCAUGGCAACCGCUUCAACAUCAGUGGGUAGUUGUGUGGUUAAAGGCAACCCCGACUUCAGACCAGAUCCCGAUGACUGUUCGGUCUACUAUGUGUGCACCAAUGAGAUCCUGUACAAGUUCAACUGUGCAGACAGCGUGUUCGACCCCGAGACCAAUUCAUGCGUAGCCGAGGGAUCCAUCUACGAUAGAUGUACCAAGGAAAACCCAGCAGAGACGGUCAUCUGUCUGCCAGAGUCUAGUGCCGUGAUCCCCCACCCAACCAACUGUGCCCAGUACUACAACUGCUCUGAGCCGAAGCAGGGGUACUUUUGGCCUGAGCAUCUGAGGGAGUGCACCUUCCCCCAGCUCUACAACGUCAUCACUAAACGAUGCGAGCACUACACCAUGGUGGAAUGCGGUGAAAGAGUCGAACCCAAAAAUCGCUGCGACUACCGCGUGUACCAAUGCGAGGUUGCUCACUGUAGACCCUGUAAUGUGACCUACCCAACUUGCAAGGGUCUUCCCGACGGCUUGAACCACUGGGCUGAAUGGUCGGCAUGGGAAAACACCGCCAACUUUGUCGUGUGUGAGGAUGGGCGGGUGGUGUAUUCGGGUACGUGCAACCAGGAGAACGGACCACAGAUCUUCGAUAAAGUCAAGAGGAUGUGCGUUGAGCAGACUGCUUGAAGAAAUGAAGAUUAAGAACUUGAACGGGGUCACGUGAUGCUUUACUUUUGUGCCGAUAUCCAGAAUUUCUUUUACACAUUCCCGGACUUCUUCAGCCUAAUCAAUCAAUUUGUGAUGCAUACUUGGGGCGAUAGAGCAAUCCAGAAUUUGACAGUCAAGUUUCUUUCAUGUGUUCAAGGAAUCGGAUGUAACUAACGCCGCGUCCUGAAUAGGAUUUCUAAGGUUUUCUGUUUGUACAUGGGUAAAUAAGUAAGUCACUACCAUGAAUACUGUUCUGUUGCCUAAAAUAUUUUGAAGUUCGUGAAUAAUUCUAUAUUCGUUACCAAGCUUGUAUUUAACACUAAGUCUUGAUGUAUUGACCUGCCCGUCAUUGAAUGUGUACACACUUACCCUGUAAGUCUCAUUGCGGGCGGUAUAAACUCCCGGUUUAUAUUUGUUGUGAAUAUGUAAUCGUUGUGAUUAUGAGCAAUAUGUUGUGUUGGAAGUGUUGAAUAAAUUGAUGGCGAACCUCAUCAAUGGAUUCAGGUUUAAUACACGCUUUGAUGAUCCUGUCCCCUGAUAUGAGUUCACUGUAUGGUGAUUAUUGUUUUUGAUUGAAUAAAUCUUUCCACCAAUUA